ACUUCUGAAAGAACUUGUGACAAUGUGCAGUCUUAAGUGCUGCAGUCUCAGAGCCCUUUUUCUAUUGCUGCUCUACAGGUCAACGCAAAUUCCUAAAGCUGAAGGAAAAGGUGAAAUUCUACCUCCAACAAUACAAAAAAUAAUAAAAGGGUACAACAAGUAUCUACGUCCAUUUUUUGAUAAUGGUCCUGUGUCAGUUGGAAUGAGUAUGGAUAUUGCAAGCAUUGAUACAAUAUCAGAAAUAAAUAUGGACUACACAGCUACCAUAUUUCUAAGGCAGCGAUGGACUGAUGAGAGGCUUUGCUUUGAUGGUAAUAAGAGUUUGAGCUUAGAUGGUCGACUUGUGGAAAUGCUUUGGGUACCAGAUACCUUUAUAGUUGAUUCAAAAAAGUCUUUUCUUCAUGAUGUCACUGUUGAGAAUCGUCUUAUAAGGAUAUACCCUAAUGGAACAGUCUUGUAUGCUAUAAGGAUCACCACAACUGUUUCAUGCAGCAUGGAUCUGACUAAAUAUCCAAUGGAUAAGCAGACAUGUACUUUGCAACUGGAGAGCUGGGGUUAUAACAUCAAUGAUGUCAUGUUUUACUGGACCAGAGGAAAUGAUUCAGUUCGAGGUUUGGACACACUCCAGCUGGCCCAGUACACGGUAGAAGACCACUUUACCUCUGUAACUGAAGCUGUGUAUGAGACAGGACGUUACCCAAAACUCGUGUUUCACUUUGAACUCAAGAGAAACAUCUUGUAUUUCAUAUUAGAGACAUAUGUGCCAUCAAUCCUUCUGGUCGUGCUCUCCUGGGUGUCAUUUUGGAUAAGCCAGUCGUCAGUUCCAGCCAGAAUCUGCAUAGGUGUCACCACAGUCCUUACAAUGACAACACUGAUGAUGGGAGCCAGGACUUCACUCCCAAAUGCUAAUUGCUUUAUUAAGGCAAUUGAUGUGUACCUUGGUAUCUGCUUCAGUUUCAUCUUUGGAGCACUGUUAGAGUAUGCUGUGACUCAUUUCUGCACUCUGCACCAACUCAGCUCGAAGGAACUUCCAAAGAUUAUUGAUGAUGAUGAAGAUGAAGAAGAGAAGAAUGGAGUCCUGGCAGCAGUGACAAACAGUUGCAGUGUCCCUGACAAUACGAACAAGACAGACUCAAACAAAAGCAAACAGACCAGCAUUGACAGAAAAAGGGAGAGAAGUCAACACAGUGUGUGUAGUUCAGCAAUGUCGGUAAUGAAAAGACUUUUCUGUAUCUUUGACUGCUUCCAUGUUAAAAAUCCUUACCACAUAGACAACUAUGCCAGAUUCUCUUUCCCGUUAUCAUUCAUCAUAAUUAAUGUACUUUAUUGGGUGUAUUAUUUGUACUUCUAAAUAUUUUAUUUUAUAAUAUUAAAAUUUAGAAAGUGGACAUGGGAGGGGAAGUUGCGGAAAAAUGGAGAAAUGACAUUUGGAUAAAGGGAUAUAAAAGGACAUGCCACCUUUUCCAGAGUGUCUGAAAAUUUUGUUAACUCACUUUUCUGCUUUUAAAUGUCUGUUAUGCAAAACUGGCUUCAUAUUAGCAUGCAUGUCCCAAACUACUUAUCAAAGGCCAGUAAGUCUUUUUUUUAAUAUUUA